UACGUUACGUAGAUCAUUCAUGCAUAACAACGAUGACGUGAUGGGGUACAUAACUGAAAGUAACUAAAUUUUUGACUUGAAAAAGCGAAGAAAAACAAGUCUUUACGCACAAAGGUGCCGUCAAGAUGGGAGGAUCGCACAGUGUUUUCAGUGAGGCAGAACUCGAUGAUUAUCAGGAACUAACGUUCUUCAGCAAGAAAGAAAUCCUGCAUGUGCACAAGAGAUUCCAUCUCUUAGAUCCAGAUGCCGUCCGAGCCGACAAGAAUGCAAGACUGUCCAUGUCUACGAUCCUUGAGCUUCCAGAAUUGAAGGUCAAUCCCUUCAAGGAUCGCAUCUGCAAGGUGUUCUCCUCGACUGGCGAUGGCUCCCUUCUGUUUGAAGACUUCCUGGACAUGAUGUCUGUCUUCAGCGACGCCGCUCCCAAAAGCGUCAAGGCAGAAUAUGCAUUCCAAAUCUAUGACUUUGACGACGAUGACUUCAUCAGUAGUGCCGACCUCCGGGAAGUGGUGAACAGGCUGAGUGGCGAGCAGCAGCUGUCUGAUACUGAUAUGCAACAGCUCAUUGAUAAUGUUCUGGAGGAGUCUGAUUUGGAUGAUGAUGAUGCUUUGUCCUUCGCCGAGUUCGAGCAUGUCAUCUCGAAAUCCCCUGACUUCUUGAAUUCUUUCCGGAUCCGUUUGUAAGCAGCGAUAUGCCGAAACUACAGCCCACCCAGUAUGAGAUGUAGCCUUCUUUGCUUCCAAAAGCAUCAGAGAGAUAAUGAUAUGAUAUAUGAAGUGUCUUAGAGAGUUGGCGAACGGCAACGAUUCUUGUACAAGAUGGACACAGAAAUUGCUGAGGUUGUCCCUGCUUUAGGCCAAAAUUACGUCUUUAGCAAAAAUCAGUUGAAACAAGUCACAAGAAAUGAAUCAAGCCAGAAUUUUGCUGGUAAAUUUGUCUGGCCAAGUAAAAAUAUAUCUCUGCAAAGUUUUCGCUCAGUGACUCCGCAAAAUUAGUUCCUGAAAUAAACAACAUUCCAACUUCAUCGCUUUUACAUGCAGCAAUAUAAACUCACAAGUAACAGAGUACAUGUACAUGUAUUCUGUUUGUGCAUUAUUGAGAAAAAAAUACCCUUCAACUGCUCUGUGUCCAUUUUGUACACGUGUAUCAUUGUGUUCGUUCCAACUUUCGUUUGUAUCAGUUUUGUAACAUCGACAAAAGUGUGACUCCUUUUUUGUAUAUAUUUGUACUUUUCCCAUAGUGCCUAUGUGUAGUUUUUAUCUUUGUAAUCAAAUCUACCAAAUUGGAUGAAAUUUAUGCAUUUUAUUAAAAUCAAAAUCAACGCCUUCUUCGAAUGUAAAUUUGUAAAUGCAAAAGGUUUUUGAGUGCCUGAUGAAGCUUCUGGUAGUUAUUAUUGACAAAACACCUGUUGAUGAUGUUCAUUUAUGAUAAGGGCUUAGAAUACAAGUAUUGUUACAGAUUUUUAUUUUUUAGUCGUUCCAAUUUCAGUUUAUUUUUCAGUCGUUCAUAGUUUCCAAGAAAUGAAAAACUGAGAAAAUGUUCAGAUUUAGCUGUUUAUUUUUCUUUUCUUUUUUCUUUUUUUGGGGGGUGUUUGCAGUUUUUAUUGAACUUCACAAAUCAAUUGGUUUUAUGCAUUACUAAACCACACUUGUUCUGUUUACGUAUAUUUUCCAGGUGUAUUGUCAGUUUAGUUAGAAAAACACAAACAAAAACAGUGCCUGUCAUUGAAAUUCGGUGCAUUUUAAUUAUUAACUAAUUUAAUUGGCGAUUCUUUUCUGCAUGUUUGCAGCACAAUUUUAACAAUUGAGAUAUAUCAAAAAUGCAACCAUUACAAUUUCUCAAAUGCUUCCAGACAAAUUUGAUGACAAAAUUAAAGGAACUUCCCUUUGUGAAAACAUUAACAAAUGCAUUGCUAAAUAUUCCAGUUCAUGCCACCUCAAAGUGACGUCCUCAUUUUAUCGACAAAAUUCCAUGUAUGAUUGCUCGAUAAUAAUGCCAUCGAAUUCCAGGUAUUUUAUACUAUGUAUAUUUUUGAAGAAAAUUUUAAGAAUCGAAUGUAUCUAUAGAUUGUAAGGCAUGCUCUCUGGGUGUUUAUUUGUGGUGGAACUGUUUGAUGUUUGCAAUAUUCACUGUACAUGUAUAAAAUUUUCUUGAGUGACACCGAGUUUUAUUCUGAGAAUUGGAAAUUCAUUAACCAGAUACUCUUGAAGUGAAUAAAUAAAGAUUCAGUGAUAGUCAAAAAAA